AUGCUGGCCACGAGAUCGCUGUUCUUGAGACGAGUGGUGGUGAGUGCGAAGCAGAGAUGUCUGACCCGCAGAGCCGAGCAGAAGCGCACGCCUUUCCCGAUCGCCACAGAACUGCCCGGCUCUUUAUUGGCCGAGACUGACCUCCACCUCCCUCCACCUCGGAAGCCCGGGUGCCCCACGCCGUCACCGGCAGAGGGCGGUAUCAGAUGGGGAAUGGGGACACCGCGUCUCACGUCUCCGUCCAGAGCUCUCACAGCGCUACAGCGCUACAGGUUUACAUUCAAAGCCAACCCCUCAGUCUCAGCCAUCCGAUCCGCCCACCAUGUCCUUCCUCGCUCCCCGCGCCUUCCGCUCGAUGUGUACGUCACCGACAACUACGAAGCUGACACCCCAGCCUACUCCUCCGCCCCCAUCGCUAAGGGUGCCAAGCUCCCCUCCGUCCCCGUCCGCAUCAAGGACAUGGGCACCGAGAUCGACCUCUCGACCCAGCCAGGCAAGAACAUCAUCGUCACUGUCCCGGGCGCGUUCACCCCCACCUGCCACUCGCAGGUCCCCGGGUACAUCGCGCUCGCGGACAAGUUCAAGCAGAAGGGCGUCGACGGCAUCUACGUCGUGAGCGUGAACGACCAGUUUGUCAUGAACGCGUGGAAGAAGGAUCUCGGCGGUGAGGGUGUGGAGUUUACCUCCGACUCGCAGGCCAAGCUCGCCGACGCGCUCGGCCUCGGCUGGGACGUGCCCCCUCUCGGCGGCACGCGCUUCCAGCGCGCCGUCAUUGUCGUCCAGGACGGCAAGGUCGUGGACAUCAAGGUUGAGCCCGAGUCGGGCAAGUCCACCGUCACCCAGGCCGAGGAGCUACUCAAGGAGCUCUAA